AUGAAAAGUAAAUAUACAUAUUGCGUAUCAACUUCUGCAACACGAUCCGCAACAGACCCUUCUUCCAAAACAACUUCUGCAACCAUGGAAAGAACAGCAAGUGAGCGGCAUGCGCCCUGGAAGAAGUACAGGGUCAUCAGCGGGCACUUGGGUUCGGUGCGGUGCGUUGCAGUGGACCCCAGCAAUACAUGGUUCUGCACAGGCUCAGCAGAUAGAACAAUCAAGAUCUGGGAUUUAGCAACCGGGACUCUGAAACUCACCCUUACCGGUCAUCUUGAACAAAUAAGAGGCCUAGCCGUCAGCAGCAAGCAUACCUACAUGUUCUCUGCUGGUGAUGACAAACAAGUCAAGUGCUGGGAUCUAGAACAGAACAAGGUGAUUCGGUCUUAUCAUGGUCAUUUAAGCGGUGUCUAUUGCUUGGCUCUACACCCCACCCUUAAUGUCCUGCUUACUGGGGGUCGUGAUUCUGUGUGCCGGGUUUGGGAUAUCAGGAAAAAGACUCAAGUUCGUGCUUUGUCAGGGCAUGAGAACACAGUUUGCUCCGUUCUUGCUCGGCCAUUGGACCCUCAAGUCAUUACUGGCUCACAUGAUUCAGCUGUGAAAUUCUGGGACCUCAGGAAUGGCAAGGCCAUGUCAACACUCACACACCACAAGAAAUCUGUCCGAGCAAUGGCAUUGCACCCAAAGGAGGAUGCUUUUGUGUCUGCCUCUGCUGACAACAUCAAAAAGUUCAACCUUCCACAAGGAAAGUUUCUGCACGACAUGCUUUCCCAGCAGAAAGCAAUUAUCAACGCCAUGGCUGUUAACCAGGAAGGUGUAAUGGCUACAGGAGGCGAUAAUGGGAGCUUGUGCUUCUGGGAUUGGAGAAGUGGCCACAAUUUCCAGCAGUCACAGACAAUUGUUCAACCCGGGUCACUGGAAAGCGAGGCUGGCAUCUAUGCAAUGGCAUAUGAUGUCACGGGUUCAAGGCUGAUUACUUGCGAGGCUGAUAAGACCAUCAAGAUGUGGAAAGAGGGCAUAAACGCCACACCCGUAACUCAUCCUCUUCAAUUUAGGCCCCCCAGAGAUAUUAGUCUUUUCUGAAUGGUGGACAUGCUAAUAUUAUUGUUCUUUCUCUCAUCUACACCCUCUAUUGGUAAUGUUCCUCUACAUUUCUUUGGUUCUCAAUGUGAUUGUUGAAUGAUAAAACUGCUAUCUCACAAUUUAGAGAUUUGCAGUUUCAUUUAAUUAAUCUAUGAGCAUUGCAAUUUGAAAAGGUAACACUUUCAGUGCUUGUUUAGGAAACGUAACAAAUGGGUUGCAAUUUGAAUUAUUUUGUGCCAUAUGAAUGAUUUUUGAAUAAUUUCUGUUCUUGAAACACUUUCUGUGCAAUUUGAAUAAUUUUUACUAAUACCCAAUUAUGUAUAUUCAUGUUCAAAGUCAUUCCUUGACAAGCGUGAAAGUCAAACGGUUGCAACAAAGCACGAAGUAAGUAUUAACUAUCAUGUAAGUACGCAGGGUUCCUAACAAUCAUAAAGCGAUGUAAAAUAAGCAAACCCCGCUACAAAUGGGCUUAGGGUUUGCGGUUAGAAUGCGAAAUAAAGUAGGAUGUCAUGUGGCUUGCCAAAUUUCACUGGCUUUCUAGCAUUAAUGUUAUUUUCCACUUCUUGCUCGAGUCUGGGUCUUAACAGAAACAACCACUCAGCUCCCGGGGGUAGAGGUAUUGUCUUUCUAGCAUUAAUGUAGAUGGCAAGCUUUCCCUUGUCAAUGUGACAAGAGGCUACCACCUCACGGUCACACAGCAACACGUAGCCGGUGCCCCAAAGCUCUCCUCUCCUCUUUAUAGCUAAGACUGUAAAGACAAGAGGUAUUGUCUUUACAAUCAGUGAGGUGGUAGCCUCUUGUCACAUUGACAAGGGAAGCCAAAACUGGAUAUUCACAAACCAACGCUAAGUCAUAUGGAGGACAGACUUCCACAAUCUGUAAGGAAUAAUAAUAGUACUGAAUCAAAAAGUGUUCCAAAGAGGGAGGAGCCUUUACUGAACCGGGCCAAACAUUCCUUGACAGAGCCUCCUUUUGCUAAACAUACAGCACAAGAGAAGCCUGUCAAGGAGAUAGCCAUUAAGAAGAAAGAAAGUCGGAUUCAAAUCUACAUGAAAGACACAUCCAAACACACUGAAACAACAGUCACCCAUUUUGAAGGUGAAGAAACAGGUGAAAUGCAAUGUGGAUAGCACCUCUAAUGUAAAAGGCAAAUUGAGUGAGGAACAUUCAAUCGAGUUGAAAGAAAAAAUAUCUAUGAGUUUGACAAAAAAGAAGGUGGACAAGAAAUAGUGCAUUGUGAAUCAAAAGUUUUGACAUUACAUGUUCAGUUUUCAUAAAUUUUUAAUUUCUUUCAUAAAGUAAAUACUCCGUAACAUUUAGCAUUGUGCUAAUCAAUAUGAGAUUGGGGUUUUACUUUUUGACUUUCUCUAGUAGCAGAAAGAUGCAAUGAAAUUACACAAGAGUAGUCACCAAAAUGCAGGACAAAAUCUAGACAUCAGUUAUCAAAGAAAUUGCAAAAUCACCAGAAGGAGAUAAAGAACUUUGCCAGGAUCAAGUUAUUAAAACUGCGCCUACCAUAAUUUCAGAAAACCCACCAACUGAAUCAGAAACGUGCAAGCCAAAUCCCAAACAGAAAGAGCCAUUGACGGAGCCAGAAAAGAAUCUCAAGAUAUCAUUUAUCAUAAGCCACUUAUUCCUUAGCACUGCAGAAGCUCUCCUCAAUCUGAACUUACCAGUGAGUGUGUUUUAUGCAAAUGAUCAUAUCAAUGAAGGGGCAGAUCGUAUGCCUACAGUAGACUGUGCCUAUGAGGUAAUGAAAAGAAAAGCGAGGAGACAAGAACUUUCUGCCUAUCCCCAAGCCAGAAUACCCAUCAUCAGUUACGUAAAUAUUAGAUCUUUAGAUGAUCUGAUCAGGCAACUGUGCAAGGACUUUGAGAAGUUGACCAGCUUUGACCGGAGUGGCUGUGAAGAUUGUGUCAACGCAGUACUUCGAUAACAUGCUUCGAAAGACAUGCAACGCAGUACUUCGAUAACAGCUUUGUGCGUAUACACACACACUUUUGCUGUUUUAGCAAGAAAUUAACAACUUCCUCCAACAAUUAAGAAUAAAGAAACUAGGCUUCGCACAAGAAAAUCUUCAAGAAAUGUGUAUGAACUUUGUAUAGAUUUUAUGCAAUAGUCAGGAGUUGAUCAAAGCUACAAAAGAUAGAGUAUUAGCAGUGAUAUCGAUCGGGAAAAGGGUGUCCUUCUAUUCUACCACGUAGUCUAUUUAAAUGAUAAUUUCUCCACUCCUAUUUGCUCUCCAACUGCCCGCCGAAGUAGCCGGCUCUAUUUUGAACGUGCGCAGCUCUUUUCUUUCCUCCCAAGCUUAUUCCUUCUUAUCCAAAAGGAAGCUUUGACCCAGCCUUCAUUAUCCCCAACGGACUGGAUCUCGACCCCUCAUUGGGGCUACUCUGCUGGGAAUAACAAAUUGGGCCGGCAUCUACCAUUAUCAUUUAAUGGCCCAACAAUUGCCCCCAAUUCGGAGGAAUAGUUGCCGCCGACUCUAGGAGAAUUUGAAACGGGCAACUUUCCCUUCGAAUUAAUGCGUCUCGGGUUCGGCGAAGAUUUCUAAUUGAACACUCCACCGGUGCCAUCAUCACUUUCAAUUCGAAACCUCCGUCUUCUUCAAGAAUUACUCCACUUCCCUUGCUUCCUUUCUGUUUCCAUGGCUUCCCAAGUGUUCGUUCCCCAACAUAUUCUUGAACCAAAAAGUGCCAAACAAGCGAAGCUUACUGAAGAACAAGUCGAACUCAUUCAAACAUCCGCCGGUUUUCCACCCAACGCUGUCAUCCGCUUCCCUGCAGCGAAUGAACGCAUGGAUUGGUUUUGCCCUGGAUGGAUCAAUUUCCUGUACUAUCCCUUCAAAAUUGGGAUGAAGUUCCCCUUCUCUCACUUGACCCGGGGUUUCUUGGAGUUCGUCCACCUCUCACCUUCACAAAUCAUGCCACAGGUGUGGAGGAUUCUUCGUGCGCUAGAAGUCUUGAGCGAGAGGCAUAGCAUUCCCUUCGAUUUUGAGGAUUUGGGCUUUACCUACGACCUUCGCACCUCCGGUCCUGGCAGAUUCACGCUGGCAAUGAAAGACAAGAGACCAAGACUUAUUCACAAGGUUGACAAGGCGAAUGACAGGGGUUGGAUGCACUGGUACUUCUUCGUUCUCAGAGACUCGCUUGGCAACGAAGGGUCUUUCCUCGAAGAUGACCUGCGAAAAGAAAAGAAAACGAUUUCCCUUCCUUCUGGGCCGAAAUCAAAAGAAAGAACUGCACAAAUUCAGGCUAUCCCUGUUCAAGAGCGUUGGUUUGCCAGCCUUGUCGCUGAAUCCCCAGUCUCUCUUGAAGAAUCGGGGCAGGACUCUGACGGCUCUAAAGAGGUUGAAGAAGAGAAUAUAGAUGCGUAUAUUCCCAUGCAGGUUGUUUUCCCGGUGGGUGAAGCUUCUCUGCCGGCUCCCAACAAGUGCCCCCCUGUGUCUACUGCGGCUAUGUCUUCUUCCAGCUCCCGUUUGACUCCAUCUGCUCACGAAUUGCUUGCUCUGGCUUCCAAGAAGAAAAGAGCCUCUCCCAGACUGGCUUCCACUCCUCAAAAGCUUCCCAAGCUGUCCGUUGCUAUUGAAACCAAACCAAACUUACCUCGUCCCCACGAGGUCAAAACUGUUCCAGCCCUUAAGCCAUUGGAUGUAAAGAUGUCACUUUCCCCUGACUUUUGUAGUCUACAAGACGUAUCCUUGAUGAGAGGAGAAAUACACAAGCUCAUGCUUCCUUCAUCUCCAGAUGUUUUCAAAGGCUUGCCCCCAGCUGGAUUACUGUCUGCAUCCUCGGCCUAUGCUUUUCAGAGCUUGCAAGCUGGUCUGGUUGCUGCUGAGAAAGUGGCUUUGCUGGAGAAAGCUCUUGACGAGUCUAAGCAUAAUGAAUCACUCUCUCGCUCUCUUGCGGAAGACAAUGCCAAGCUAGUUCAGGAUUUGCAAAAGGAAGUGACAGCUCAAUCUGCACAGAUUUCAAGGCUUGUUGACAGGAUUAAGGCGCUUGAAGCUUAUGGGCGGAAAAAGAAACAAGAAGUUAUUGACGCAGCCUGCUACUACGUUUGGCAAACCCGGGGAGACCUGAUGGCCUCUUUCCUUGCAGGUGAGUCGGCCAACUGGAAUGCGGAAGAGGAUAUUGCCACCUGGAAGAAGGUUCAAGAGGAUAUGGAUUCCCCUGUUGCUGAGGACGGCUUUGACGUGGGUCAGUCUGAUGGUGAGGCUGACUCCAAACAUGCUUAGAUUAUUUCGUUCUCCUUGACGUUUUUGAUAAACAUUUCUGAUGUCCCGGAGUCCUGGUGGUUUAUCCAGGACGGGAAAUACUUUUGACGCUUUAAGCCUGUGCACUUGGUGGUUUAUCCAAGGCUUGGCUUUUGUUUUGCUACGUUUGAUGUGAAAACUUUGACGUGACCGCUUUUAUAUCCUGUCUGUGCGCACUAGUGCUGUAUAUAUAUGUGAUGUCA